CGCGCUUGGUCCAUAGGAGGCCCACGGAACCAGAGCCUCUCCUGACUCCUCUCCUUCCCCAGCCUCCAUUCUUCCUCCUCCCCGCCCCUCUCCGACCCGAAGCGGAGGCCGUUCGAUCGAUGCAGACGCCGGCGACCACCUGCGGUGCCCGCGCGGGCGCCUUCGCCCCGUUCCCCCGCCACGAAGCUCCUCCUGGGAGCUCCAGGAAGCCCUUCCCUGGGCCUUCUCCGCGGGCGCCAGGGCUCCGGCUCGUCGCUCCCAUGGCCUCCACCGUCGACUCGCCGGGGAGCUCCUCCGACUUCGCCAAGCGCAUCGAACGCGCCUGGCUCAUCUCCAAGCAACCAAAACCAAUUUCUUGCUCCUCCUGUCAAUCUUCUGGCCAUGUGGAGUGUAAGUGGUGUGCAGGCACUGGCUUCUUUAUCCUUGGCAACAACAUGCUGUGUGAAGUACCCUCAAGAAAUACAAAAUGUGUGAUAUGCUCUGGAAAGGGCUUUGCAAGUUGUGCUGAUUGCCAAGGGACUGGGUUUCGUGCCAAGUGGCUUGAAGAGCCUUCUGUUGACAAAUGAGCUAAGGAAAUCAUUCAUAGUGUAAAUUUUACCAUUUCACAGUAAAUUAGGUAAUUGUAUGUACCUGUGUUCAUAUUCUCCACAUGUAACUACGGCACUAUUGUUUUCCUGUAACUGCAUCAGUUCCAUUCCUGUGACAUGUUGUUAAUUAUUCAAUAUACCUUUUUCUAUAA